UGUGUGUGAAAACGGAGAUUUUACAUGUGCAGUUCUAUACUUAUCUCUAUUCUCUCCGGUCUCCGCUCUCCUAUUCCCAGUUCCUGGAAGAAACACGUUGUUUCAAAACCAGUCUAUCGUAAUAUCGUAUUGUACAGUCAGAGAAAUCAUUGUCACUCUGUAUCGAGACAUAUUUCGUUGUAAAUUAAUCUAGUGGUUUUCUGCUUGGUGAGGAAAAACAUCUCAGAAGAUGAGUGUGGACAUGGAUGGAUCCAAUUCUCAACCUCUUACGUUUCUCGAUACCGAAGAAUCGGAUCUGAUCGGAGCUGACACUCAAGGUUCUGAAUUCGAUUUCACCGAAUUCACUUUACCAUCGCAAAGUCAGACGCAAUUUUCACAAGAUGAAUCAAUGCCUGGGCAAGUACAUUUGAACAGUAAACUGAACGGAGAUGUGAAAAGUGACGGCGUAUCAGCAUUAAGCAAAAAAUUGGGCGAGUUACAGUUCGAAGAAGAUGCAUUUUGUAAUAAAGAGUUACCGACAGCUGCUUGUAAAUAUUGCGCUAUUCAUGAUCCUAGCUGUGUCGUAAUGUGUAAUGUUUGUGGAAAAUGGUUUUGCAAUGGUCGUGGAAUUACUAAUUCAUCGCAUAUUGUGAACCAUUUAGUUCGAGCGAAGCAUAAGGAGGUUACUCUUCAUAAAGAUGGUCCUCUGGGAGAAAACGUCCUGGAAUGUUAUGCUUGCGGUAUGCGAAAUGUCUUCCUUUUAGGGUUCAUACCUGCUAAAGCGGAUUCUGUGGUGGUGCUGCUAUGUCGCCUACCUUGCGCUGCUCAAAGUUCUCUCAAAGAUAUGAACUGGGAUCCGGAUCAGUGGAAACCGUUGAUAGAAGAUCGAUGUUUCGUAUCAUGGCUGGUUAAAAUACCUGCUGAGCAAGAUCAACUCAGAGCUCGUCAAGUAACAUCGGCUCAAAUAUCCAAACUAGAAGAACUCUGGAAAGAUGACACCGAUGCCACUAUCACUGAUUUAGAAAAUCCAGCGAUCGACGUCGAAACUCAUCAGCGAGUGCUUUUAAGGUACGAAGAUGGAUACCAAUAUCAGAACAUUUUCGGCCCGUUGGUUAAAUUGGAAGCUGACUACGAUAAGAAAGUGAAGGAAUCUCGAACUCAGGAUAAUAUCACCGUUCGUUGGGAGGUUUUGUUGAAUAAGAAAGUAGUAGCUCACUUUAAUCUCGUGAAGACUGACGGAGAUAUGAAAUUAAUGCAGGGUGAUGAGCUGAGAUUACGAUAUUUGGGAGAAGUAAGCAAGCCUUGGUCUGGAGUUGGUCAUGUUAUCAAGAUACCGGAUAAUUACAGCGAAGAAGUUUGCUUAGAGAUGAAAACUAGCCAAGGAAUACCUUUCGAAUCUACUAGUAAAUUCGUGGUUGAUUUUAUUUGGAAAUCAACGUCAUUCGAUAGAAUGCAACAAGCUAUGAAGAAGUUUGCUAUUGAUGACGCUUCUGUAUCCCCUUAUAUUUUUUAUCGUUUGCUCGGACACGACAUCGAUGACGUAGUAUUCAGAUCACACACUUCUAAACACUAUUCAGCUCCUAAUUUACCGGAAUUAAAUUCAUCACAAAAAUAUGCUGUAAAACAAGCGAUUCAAAGACCCUUGUCUCUAAUUAAAGGACCUCCUGGUACAGGAAAAACCGUCACUUCAGCGACUAUAGUUUACCAGCUGGUGAAAUUGAACUCUGGACCUGUGUUAGUUUGUGCUCCUUCAAACAUAACCGUCGAUCAGCUGGCAGUGAAAAUCCAUCAGACUAAUUUAAAGGUUGUGAGAGUUAUGCCCAAAUCCAGAGAAGGAAUCGAUUCACCGGUUGCUUUCUUAGCUUUGCAUAAUCAGCUCAGGAAUUUAGAAGAUUCCGAAUUGAAGAAGUUACAACAACUUCGAGAAGAAACUGGCGAACUUUCUGCGGCCGAUGACAAAAGAUACAGAGUGUUGAAGAAAUCCGCCGAACGUGAGCUACUCGAAGCUGCUGAUGUAAUUUGCUGUACUUGUGUCGGCGCCGGAGAUCCGCGUCUAGCACGUAUGAAGUUUCAUUCUGUAUUGAUCGACGAAUGUAUGCAAGCUACCGAACCGGAGUGUAUGAUUCCAAUGGUAUUAGGAUCGAAACAGCUCAUUUUGGUUGGAGAUGAUUUCCAGCUUGGUCCAGUCGUUAUGUGCAAGGAAGCUUCGAAAGCUGGUCUUAAUCAGUCGUUGUUCCAACGUUUGUUUGUACUCGGCAUCAAACCGUGCCUUCUAAAAGUUCAAUAUCGUAUGCAUCCGGAACUAUCACGCUUCCCGUCUAAUUUCUUCUACGAUGGAUUUUUACAAAAUGGUGUUUGUGCUGGGCAAAAGAAACUGCCGGAAGUCAAGUUCCCCUGGCCAGUUCCGGAUAAACCGAUGAUGUUCUACGUAGCCCUAGGUACCGAAGAAAUCGCCGGAUCUGGUACAUCGUAUUUGAAUCGAGCCGAAGCAUCCAGCGUUGAAAAAAUAGUCACUAGAUUCCUACGUUGCGGCGUGAAACCCGAACAGAUCGGUAUUAUUACACCGUACGAAGGACAGAGAGCACAUUUGGUGCAAUGUAUGCAGUAUCAAGGAGAAAUAAACCCCCGUCUGUACCAACAGAUUGAAGUAGCCAGCGUAGAUGCGUUCCAAGGUCGUGAGAAAGAUAUCAUCAUCGUGUCUUGCGUACGUUCCAACGACCAUCAUGGGAUUGGUUUUUUGAACGAUCCGCGACGGUUGAACGUUGCCUUGACCAGAGCCAAGUAUGGUCUUAUCGUGGUCGGAAAUCCCAAAGUUUUGUCCAAACAACCUAUAUGGAACCAUUUACUCCAUUUCUACAAAGAAGAGCAAGUGCUAGUGGAAGGACCACUGAAUAAUUUGAAAGAAAGCGCUAUCCAGCUCCCUAAACGUAAACAGAUUGUGAACUCGGCGAAUCCAGGAUCUCAUUUUAUGUCUACUACCCUCUACAAUGCCAGAGAAGUCAUGGUACCUGGAAGUAUAUAUGACAGAUCCGGCGGCAGCGGUCGUAAUGCCACUGUUCAUCUGCCGCCACCUCCUCAUCCAUACUUCCCUCGGCCUGGUUUAGACAUAUUCCCUCAUGCUCACGAUCCGAUCACUUACAUCUCGCCGGAAAGAGCGCAAGCUAUGCCUAAUAUGCCGGUACCUUUUAAUAUGAUUUAUAACUUGAAUCCGAUCCCGCCAAGAUACUACAAUCGGAAGCCUAUUCAAAUGCGUCAAAAGAACGCUCGUAGUCCAUUGAUGAUCAGUGGCAAGAAAAAUCCCAAAGGUGGCAGGAACUCGAGAGUUAUGCCAAACGGUCUAAGCCAAGAGAUAACCCAACCGUACAGUCAAAACAUGUCGCAGAACAUGUCGCAGCCCGGAUUCGGUCUUUCGCAACCGGGACUAUCUCAGCCGGAGUUAUCGCAGGAUAGUUACAUGAUUGGCGAAUUCCAUUCGCAGACCGAUGGUAUUUUGUCGCAAGAUUCGUCUUACCAGAUUGACCAAACGACCUCGUUCCAUUCGACUCGGCAGAAUCCUCAUUUUUUCUGAGGGUUAUUAACCUAUAGAAACAAAACGAGCGUCACGGAAGAAAAAGAAACGAUUAACGCAGCUGCUAGGAAUACGGUCGAGUGCUCUUGAUAGCGGAUUAUUACGUACGAUACACGGUUUUUCGACGAGUACGCACAAGACGAAGCGUGUUGAUAUAAAGAGUAGGAACGACGAACGAAUACGAUUUGUGAGAGUUUUCGAAGAUCAGAAACAGACACAGAGAGCAAGAGCCGCUUUUUUGUGGAUUUAAAAAGCUCUGAAAGAGUACUAGGUACCUGCUAGGUUGGUAUUGGUACCUAGUACCUACUACCUACUACCUAGCCUAAAAAUCCGUUUUUGAAAGAGUAAGAGUAGAGUGAGAAGUUUAAAAUUUUCAAUGCUAUAUUCUUUGCUCCUUCUUUCUUUCAAACUGGUGAUAGUGCUCAUUUUUCAACGAUUACGUGAUAUUUUUGACGUUUUCUGUAAAAUUAAGUGCUCAUAAAGUCAUUUCAAACGUUUCAUUUCAUUCAUUUUUUUCAUUUUUCUCUCUCCCUAAUGAAACGGCUGACGCUGACGGUGACGAACUGAAACCUGCUGAACCAAACUUCAACUCCUUCGAACAGAAUUUUGAUUUUUAAAUUAAUUAUUCUCAGUUUUUUGCCAUUUUUUCUUUCCAACAGACCCAGAUUCCUGAGCAGAUUGAACUAUGAGCACAAC